AUGCCUAUGCGGCUGUCGGCGUUACCGAAAGCUUUCGGAGUAAAGGAUUCCGUCGCCAAAGGCAGACGUUUGGCGGAAGAACUAACGAAAAACGCCGGUAUAGUUAUACCCGAGGAAGGAUACGGCAUCCUGGAGAUCGAGCGUUUUCAGCAGCUUCUCUCGCUAGAAAAUAUCGCGAUUGUCGUUUAUAAUUUCAAGAGUUUCGGUCGCGGAGUCUCUCCGCUAUAUGACGGACACUCGCCGCUAGCCUCUCAUUCUCCUAUAGCCAAAAAACGGGGCUACGUCGUUACGGAAAAGUGGGAGUGUAUCUUCGAUCGGGAGCUGCGCAAAAAUCGCGAGAUACGCGAAUUCGUUGAAAAUCAUCCCAUGUUGAGAAACAAUCCCUUCGAACCUCGCGAGGCGUUCUACGGCGGGCGUACGGAAAAUAUCGUCACGCGGUACGAAGUUACGGGUACGGAGAAGAUACGCUACGUGGACGUGUGUUCUUUGUACCCGUAUGUGCUGAAGACGGGUGCUUUUCCGCUCGGUCAUCCGGACAUUUACGUGGGUGAAGAGUGUUGCGCCUUGAUCAGAGCAGGCCUCGAUUUUAACUUUGACGCCGUAGAAGGUCUCGUACGUUGCAGAGUGCUCGCGCCGCGUGAUCUCUUCCAUCCGGUACUUCCUUAUCGCGUGAACGGAAAAUUGCUAUUCGCGUUUUGUCGCAGCUGCUGCGAGACAUUUUCUCAGGCCGCGUGUACGCACGACGACCCUGCCGAUCGUGAAUUUGAAGGUGCGUGGGUUAGGCAAGAGGCUAGCGGAUGGCCGAACGAAUGCGCGAAUGACGAAGGCGGCAAGGAACGUUAUCUGCGCGAAUACGAGAUAGUCGAGGGUCUCAAUAGGGCGAAUAUCUCUCCGAAUCCAGGCUUGCGCUCGGUCGCGAAGCUCUGCCUCAACUCCUUCUGGGGUAAAUUCGGCCAACGGUCCAAUCUACCGAAUACCGAAAUCGUUAGAACGUGGGAGAGUUUCACGGCCCUGCUCACGAGCCCGGAGCACGAAAUAAUAAACGUAUUGCCCGUAAACGACGAAGUGAUAUAUGUUUCGUGGCGAAUGAGGCGAGAAGCCGUCACUCCGUCUCCGCUGACCAGCGUCGCAAUAGCCGCUUACACCACGGCGUUAGCCCGAUUAAAACUUUAUUCGUAUUUAGAAAAGUUAGAUCGUCGCGUGUUAUAUCACGAUACCGAUUCGUGCAUAUAUUUGAGCACCGGUGAUCCCGACGAGUACGAACCGCGUACGGGAAAUUUUUUGGGCGAUAUGACGAACGAACUCGAGAUUUCGCACGGCCCCGGUAGCUACAUCGAGACGUUCGUAUCCACCGGCCUGAAAUUUUACGCUUACGUCCGUACGGGCAAAGGAUGCGCGCGAGAAAUUUGCAAAGUGAAGGGGAUAACCCUGAAUUUUGAAAAUUCUCGCGUACUUAAUUUUAGCUCCAUUAAGGCAUUGUUACUAGCCGAGGAAAAGUUAAAGAGGGGAGAAGAGACGGCUGAGGAUAAAACCGUGAUAAAACUGUGA